UUGUGUAAUCUACCAAAAGUAGCCACAAAAACAUAAAUCAAAUCUGAAGAGAUUAACCAAGAAAAGAGGGAAAAACCUUGCAAUCACAAGCACAAAAACCACUACGGAGAAAAAAGAAUAGGGAAACAGGAUAGAAAGAGCCUAUACUGGAUAGGAUCCAGCAUAAGCUACAGCUCUAACGGCCUCUGGCACAUCCGGAUGACGAAGAACAGCCUCACGAAUUAUACCUGACAACUAUUCAUUCAUGAAGGGUUCGAGGAUUUUUUUUUUUUUUUUGUUUUUCCUCUGGUUACAAGAAGCUGAGUAUCGGUGGUAGCAAACAGACAGUAUACAAAAUUCGAAGAUGAAUUUCAAAAAUUCUCGAAGCCACGGCAUGGGUAGGAUCUUGCUUCUUGGAUUUUACCUCUUCUUCCUGUUAAUAAUUGGUUUGGUUUGUACAGAAAGGAACUCAUCAAAAAGCAAGGAAACGUGUGAAUGAAGAGAAAGAAAGCAAAAUACACUUUGUAGGAAGAUAUUUUGAUGAAUAGUGGAAGCUGGCUCAAUUAACAGUGCGCAGACACGCACGCAUAUAUUGCAGGUGGUACUGUGAAGGAAACAGAACCUGAAAACAAAUCAAACCCAAAAUUUGUGAGGUAAAAAAAGAAUAGAAAUGGCUUCGAAGCUGAGUCCAAAUCCCAUAAACUGUCGAGCACAAAAAUAUUCAUCUUUUGCUCUUCCACAAAUGGCCAGCCUCAGAUCUCCCAAGUUCUUCAUGGCUUCAACUCUGCGCUCUAACUCCAAGGAGGGAGAGACCCUCAAGAAGAAGCCUUUUAGUCCUCACCGAGAGGUUCACGGUCAAGUAACACACUCUAUGCCACCUCAAAAGAUCGAGAUCUUCAAAAGCCUGGAGAACUGGGCUGAGCAAAAUUUACUUGUUCACCUGAAGCCAGUUGAGAAAUCCUGGCAGCCACAGGAUUUCCUGCCAGAUCCUGCUUCUGAUGGAUUUCAUGAUCAAGUCAAAGAAUUGAGGGAGAGAACCAAGGAGAUACCGGAUGAUUAUUUCAUUGUUCUAGUUGGAGAUAUGGUCACUGAAGAAGCCCUCCCAACAUAUCAAACAGUACUUAAUACUUUGGAUGGUGUGCAAGAUGAAACAGGGGCAAGCCUUACUCCCUGGGCAAUUUGGACAAGGGCUUGGACUGCCGAAGAAAACAGGCAUGGUGACCUGUUAAAUAAAUAUAUGUACCUAUCUGGACGAGUAGACAUGAAACAAAUUGAGAAGACGAUUCAGUAUCUGAUAGGGUCAGGAAUGUAUCCUCGUACAGAAAACAGUCCUUACCUUGGAUUUAUCUACACAUCAUUUCAAGAAAGGGCUACAUUCAUUUGUCAUGGGAACACGGCCAGGCUUGCUAAGGAGCAUGGGGACAUAAAGCUUGCUCAAAUAUGUGGUACAAUCGCCUCGGAUGAGAAGCGUCAUGAAACUGCGUACGCCAAGAUAGUUGAAAAGCUAUUUGAAAUUGAUCCUGAUGGAACCGUGCUUGCUUUUUCUGACAUGAUGAGGAAGAAAAUCUCUAUGCCAGCAUGCCUGAUGUAUGAUGGCCAGGAUGAUGGUCUUUUUGAACACUUUUCAGCUGUUGCUCAGCGCCUUGGUGUCUACACUACUAGAGACUAUGCAGACAUUCUAGAAUUUUUGGUUUGUCGAUGGAAAGUGGCAGAUCUAACUGGAUUAUCUGCAGAAGGGCGAAAAGCACAGGAUUACGUCUGUGGAUUGCCUCUGAGAAUAAGACGACUAGAGGAGAGAGCUCAAGGAAGGGCUAAGCAAGCACCCAUCAUCCCUUUUAGCUGGAUAUUUGACAGGGAAGUGAAGCUCUAAGUGCAUACGAGAACAAGUUCUCUUUACUCUGUAGCAGGUCUUCUCCCAUCUGGACAUAAUUGAAGUAAAAAUAUUUGAGUUGAGUUGUUUGCAGUUGCAGUUUGUUCCUUAAUGGGAAUGGAUUUUCUUGGGAGUGAAGAAAGGUCGUAGAUACAGUUGUUUCUACUCUAGUUCUUGAUAUUGUCUUCUUGAACACGUGGUCUUUAUUAAAUUUUACUCGUAUAGUGUUUGUGUCUGUAAGUAUACUUAAAACGUAAUGGAAUUUUUUUUAGUGUUUAGCUGCACAA